AUGAUGUUGCCACAGCUUGGAGACCUUUCUCAGGCUCUUUGGCUUCUGCCAGUACUCUUUUCUGAGCUUCAGCCUCUCAUGGCUUGCUUUCCUUCUCGUGGUUGCACUUCCAGUGGUAUCAUUGAAAUCUCUUAUAGUUCCAGUGGUGAAAAGUAUCAGAUCAAAAAGUUUGAGCUUCAGAUUCUGAUUUCUGAGUCUCUCGUGGCCGCCAUUUAUCUUGCAUGUAUUUCUUACAACCUCCGAAAGUAUGGCGUACGGAGGUUCUUGUUCGUGGAUAGGUAUCAUGGUCAUAAACUUCAGUACCGUGAUGAAUAUAUACUAAAGAUCAAUCUGAGUUUGGCAGUACCCAUAGCUCCUUUAUUAAUUUAUUUCCUUUCUCAAGCAGCUGGAAAGAUAUCAUAA